CCGGGGGGAUCAAUGCAAACGAUAGAAGGCACCAGGAGUACUUGAGUGAAUUCUGUGAUAAGUUUGAGAGUGAUAUACAGAGACUUAUCGAUAGAAGUCUUGAUGUGAUGAGAGAUAACAAGAUGGACCAACACCCUCUUUACAAGGAAGUUUUACAUCAUGCUUGGUUCUGUCGAGACAAGUGCUCAGCGUUUCGAGGAAGGCAGGCCAUACUCAACCGUGUUAAAACUUUCCUUUCUUCCGACGCGCUUCUCAAACCGCUGGUCGUAUACGGGGCUUCUGGAUCUGGAAAAACGUCUAUUAUGGCUGUGAUUGUUAGUAACGCAAAGGAGUGGCUAGGAAAGACUUCAGUAUGUGUUUUCCGAUUCCUCGGAACAUCUCCGGACACGUCGAACAUCGUCGUGUCUCUCACGAGUAUUAUCCGACAGAUUCACGAAGUUUACGAUCUUGGACCUUUGAAGGAAGAGAUAGCGGAAGAUUUUUCACAACUUGUCAGGCAUUUUCACGAUUUACUGCAAUCCCCUGAAAUCACAUCAGACAAACCGCUUCUACUUGUGAUCGACUCAAUCGACCAGCUAACGCCAAGUUACAAUGCACAUCUCAUGAAUUG